GCUUGUGAAAAUGAAUGCUAUAAAUGCAAUUGUGCAUUUAGCCAAUAAUGCCGACCCAGCGCGACGUAGAAAGCUCUACCGCCAACGAAGCAACCCAUUCGAUUUGCGGGACCUAAAUUUUAAAAUAAAAUAUAGGUUCAAUAAGGACACAGUGCGCACCAUCAUAGAUUUGGUGGAAGAUGAUCUGGUUCAGAGCGCUAGAGGUGGUGGCACGUGUCCUGAACUGCAAGUUUUAGUGGCCAUAAGAUGUUGGGGACGUCGUGAGGUACAAGAUGAUGCUGGUGACCUCCAUGGCCUAAGUCAGCCGACAGUGAGCCGGAUAUGCGCCAGAGUCGCGCAUGCAAUCGCGAAUAAGGCAAAUUCCUUCAUCAAAAUGCCUAUCACUAUAGGAGAGCAGGAAAGAAUUAGUGCCAAAUUUAGAGCAAUUAAAAAUUUUCCUGGGGUGAUAGGAGCCAUAGAUUGCACCCACAUUAAAAUUAAAAAAACCGGAGGUGACAUGGCCCAGUACUAUAUUAAUAGAAAAGGCUAUUAUUCCCUGAAUGUUCAGGUUGUCUGUGAUGCUGACCUCAAAAUAAUGGAUAUAGUGGCUAGAUGGCGAGGCAGUACACAUGACAGUCGAAUUUUUAUGGAGAGCAAUAUAAAACAACGAUUUGAGGAUAGGCAGUUUAGAGGACGCCUUAUUGGCGAUUCGGGCUACCCUCUUCUGCCAUAUCUAUUUACACCUAUUUUAAGGCCUAGUCGUCCAGAAGAAGAAGCAUACAAUAAUGCUCACAUCUCAACUAGGAACACUGUUGAAAGGUGUUUUGGGGUGUGGAAGCAGCGGUUCCAAUGCCUACUCCAUGGCUUACCAGUAAGCCUCCAAAAUGGAAAAGCUGUGAUCAUAGCAUUGGCUGUAUUACAUAAUAUAGCCAUUGAUAUGAAUGACACAUUGUUAGAACAACAUAUGGAGCAGGUCCCUGUAACUCCGCAACUUUCGACGGAGAACAGUGUUCACGACAACCGACCUUCAUUGUUGAGGCGUAGGUCGCAGUUGAUACUACAAAAUUUUAUAAAUCAACAUUUUUGAAUGAUACUGUUCCUGGCA